AUGCCUUCAACGUUAGAACUCCUGUCAAAGCACAGAGGCGCAGUGUCUGUUGCUGCUGUGGCUAAUACGGCUUCUAUGCUGUUCGGGUACGACACAGGUGUUGCGGGAUCUGUAGUGGCAUUAAGAAGUUUCGUUACGGAAUUUAAGCUCUCCACUAGCCCUGCGCACUCGGCAUACAUCUCUUCCAAUAUAGUAGCACUGCUCAAUGCCGGUGCAUUCUUUGGAGCUAUAGCCCCAGCUAUUCUCACAAAGUACAUUGGCCGGAAGCCGACAAUGACUAUUGCAGCUGCCUUUCUUAUGCUCGGUGGAAUUCUUCAAACUGCUGCUCAGCCACCUUCUCUCGCCAUGAUUUAUGCUGGCCGUAUUAUUUCCGGUUUUGGUGUCGGUAUGGUUAGCAAUCUCACUCCUGUUUUUGUUGCCGAGACUGCACCCAAAGAACUGAGAGGGUUCUUGAUGGGACUAUUCGAGAUGUUUCUUGUUAGUGGCGGACUGCUAGCUUAUUGGACAACAUACGGAUGCUCGUUACAUCUACAACCCACAAGCAAACAAUGGCGAAUUCCACUGAGCAUCCAAAUUAUCCUCUCCGCAAUUAUCAUGCUCGGAUCAUUUUUUAUAAUCGAGUCUCCAAGAUGGCUUGCCAAACAAAGUCGAUGGGAUGAGGCCGAAAAGGCAUUAUGCUACCUCAGAGGCUCGACGUCAGAGGAACUGGACAUCAAAACUGAGAUUGCAGAGAUGCAUGCGCAGAUUGAAGAGGAAAUUGCCGCGACCUCUGGUAGAUCGAUCACUGAAUUGUUUCAAUCAAGAAAUCUUCUUCGUCUUGUUUGGGGAUGUGGUGUCUCAUUCUUCAGUAUUUGGUGUGGACAUAACGGUAUCUUGUACUAUGGGCCAACGGUAUUCAAGCAGAUUGGCUUCACCGCUCAGAAUGCUGCUCUUUUUGCCAGUGGAAUCUUUACCUGUCUCAAGGUGGUUGUUACUGCUAUUUUCUUGGUUGCAGGAAUCCAACAAUUCAAAAGAAAGCAUCUCUUAAGUAUAGGUAGUGCUGGUAUGGCAGUCACGAUGUUUGCCCUCGGAGCAGUCCUAGCCACACAUCCACCAGCCACUGGACAGGUAACAAACAAUACACCGAGCGGAAAGGGAAUGAUGGCCAUUAUCUACCUUUUCGUUGUCUUCUAUUCCAUGUCUUGGGGACCUAUCGCUUGGGUGUAUAUUGGAGAGAUAUAUCCGACUCGAAUUCGUGACUGGGGAAUGGCCAUCAGUGUCAUGGUUGUCUGGCUCUUCAAUUAUGUCGUCUCCAGAGAAACUCCUAUUGCAGUGUUGAACAUUGGCUGGAAAACUUGGAUGAUCUUCGGAACAUUUAAUUCGGUCGCGUUCGUUUUCACCUUGUUCCUUCCUGAGACCAAAGGCUUGAGUUUGGAAGAGAUGGAUGUUCUAUUCAAGGUUGUAAAUGAAGACGUUAGAAGGAAAGACGUCGACGAACAUGUCGUUAUACCACUGGAUGGUAGCGAGAAGAGUGGAAAUGGUGAUGCAGUCAAGGAAAUUUAA